GUGACGUCACGUGCAUCCCUCUGAAGCAGCGUCCUCAUUCUGGAGUACUGCUGUACUGCAUACUUAUCUGUGCGCCGCGCAGUGCGUGCUGUAGUACGCAAGCGAUCUGUGCCUGUGUGCUGGAGAGAGGGGGAUGGGUCAUUGAGUUCAUUCGCACUACAGCAGAUCCGCUGUGUCUCUCUCGCUCACACUCACUUCAGGAAUAUGUGUCAGAUGGAUGGCGAGGCGAAAAACAAGAGCUUUUAAAACAUGGUGCAUACGGUACGCGCCUCCGCGCUUCGCUUGACCUUUCAUCAGGACAAAGGAAGUCGAUGAGCCGCUCCUGCCGUUUCCAGGUCAGCCGAGGAGACUCGCCGGUGCUCGAUAAGCGGAAUAAUACCGAGCGAGGCGAUGAAGCGCCGUGAAUGAUUAUGGCCGAUAGUCACCGAAGGGACACGGACAGAGGCAGAGGCAGUAUGACAUCAGGAUACUCGCAGCAGUACGCGAGCGGCAAAGCGUCAGACAUACAGGAGCUGGCGUCCAAGCGCGUGGACAUCCAGAAGAAGCGCUUCUACCUGGACGUGAAGCAGAGCACCCGCGGACGCUUCCUGAAGAUCGCCGAGGUGUGGAUCGGCCGAGGCCGGCACGACAACAUCCGCAAGAGCAAGCUCACCCUCUCCAUGUCCAUGGCGCCCGAUUUGCGCUACUGCCUGGGCGACUUCAUCGAUUAUUACGCGCACAUCGGGCUCCGAGGAUGCCAGGCGCCGGAGGGGCAGAGCAACGGCAAGGGACGCGCACCGGAGCCCCGCCGGAGAGCAGCGGAUCCGGCGGCGUCCCCCAGCGGCUCGGCCGCGUCCGAGGAGCAGACGCACCGCGUGCUGAAGAGCGAGUUCAUCGAGCGCGACAACAGGAAAUACUACCUGGACCUGAAGGAGAACCAGCGCGGCCGGUUCCUGCGCAUCCGGCAGACCGUCAACCGCGGACACGGGGGCAUGGGGUACUACGGGCAGGGCAUCGAGCAGACCAUCGUGCUGCCGGCGCAGGGCCUGAUCGAGUUCAGAGACGCGCUGUCGCAGUUAAUCGACGAAUACGGCGACGACGAGCCCUGCGCGCGGAACCACGACGCGUCGCCCGAGCUGCCCGAGGCGGCGUCGUUCCGCGUCGACAACAAGCGCUUUUACUUCGACGUGGGCUCGAACCGCUUCGGCGUCUUCCUGAAGAUCAGCGAGGUCCGGCAGCCCUACCGGAACACGAUCACCGUGCCGCUGAAAGCCUGGGCCCGCUUCGGCGAGAACUUCAUGCGGUACGAGGAGGAGAUGCGGCACAUCUUCAGCUGUCAUAAAGAGAAGCGGACUGACGCGGGGGAGCAGGAGGAUUGACGCACGCUGCUGCUUCUGCUUCUGAUGAUGAUGAUGAUGAUGAUGCUUCUGGUGUUAGUUGUACCUCUAGUCUCAUGCUGUUCUCACCCUACACGUUACCGUGCGGCCCGUCCCGUUCAUGCCCACUACUGUCGAUUUCAAUCUAGGCAGAAUCUAGAUUCUGCAGCGGCUCUGCUGUGUGUGUGUGUGUGUGUGUGUGUGUGUGUCUGUCUGUCUGUCUGUCUGUGAGAGAGCGUGCAUUAGGAUUUGGUGUUAUUGCAUCCAAUACUUCUUCCCAGGCUUAACGUGUAUAGGGCUGCUGUGCAAUUUCUCAAAGCUGGGAAUCAAAUAAUCAAGGUCUUAUCAAGCACUUAGGUAACACUUUAUUUUGAUAGUCCACUUUAGACAUUCUACUAAGGCUGAUAAUACA